UUAUUGGUCGCUCUGUACACACUCACCAUUGUUAAGGUCAUGACACAGACGAUGGAAUGCAAACAGAUGACCGAGUCGGCCAAAUCUCAGUCCCAGCAGAACCGUAAACAACUGGUCAUCAUGCUGGUAGGCAUCAUCGUCCUCUUUUUCGUCUGCCUGCUGCCCUUUCGCAUCAUCGCACUGCUCAACAUCUUCUCUCCCCCCGGCUGGAUGAUGCAACAGCUGGGACCCAGCCCAUUCCUGAACCUCAUGUACUUCUGCCGCCUCCUCAUCUACGUCAACAGCGCGGGGAACCCCAUCAUCUACAACAUCGUCUCCACAAAGUUCAGGCGGGCCUUCCAGAAGGUCCUUCGGAAGUACUGUUGCUGCUGCAAAUCCUUUCUGGCGCCUGGGAGGUCUGCGAUCAACGGGCAUUAUUCGCAUGCCACGAGAAUGACCACCAUGUCACACUACAGUGUUGUCAAACAUGACGCGCACGACUUUUCAGAAACGGGUGAUGCUGUUUGAAGGACUUUUGCAGACAGGCAAAGCUGUUUGAAGGAUUUUUCAGAGACGAGCAAUGCUGUUUGAAGUAUUUUUCAAACAGGUAAAGCUGUUUGAUGGCCUUUUCAGAAACGGGCAAUGCUAUUUGAGGGUAUGAUUGACACUGUUGAGCUGUUAGAAGACGUGAAUCAACAUUUGACGUGAUUCAUGUUCAAGACUCCAGAGAAUUUCCGACACUGGGGGAGCUGUUUGAAGGAUAUUUCAGAAGCGGAAGAAACUGUUUGAAAGAGAGAUUCGACAUGGGCCAAAGGGUGUUUGUAGGAGUGAUUCGACUUUCGACGUGAGAUCGUAUCUAAGAUUCCUGAAAAUUACAAACACUGAUGACGCUGUUUGAAAUAGUGGUUCAACAGACACGAGCGAGACUGUUGGAAGGGGUGAUUCGGAGCGUGCGAAACUGUUUGAAAAAGCGAUUCGACAUUCGACGUGAGAUCUUUUUCAAAGUUCUAGAGAAUCACAGAUACUUGAGACGCUACUUGACGGAGUGGUUCAACGUUCGUUGUGAGAUCUUGUUCAAGAUUCAGAUUCAGAGAAAUUUUGACUAGAUCGAGGUUGUUUGAAGGAGUGAUUUGACAUUUGACGUGAUACGUGCUCAAGAUUCCGAGAAUUUCUGACUUGGACGAGGCUGUUUCAUGUAAAUUAAAAUAAAGUCUACUUUUAUUGCUUCCCUUUGAAAAUUAGUUUACAAUGUCAUUAUAAAUACAUACAAUGUAUUAUAAACAUGUAUAAAUACGGUACAUAGGUACAUAGGUACAUAGAUACAUAAUAUAUACCUACAGAGACACAUACACAUAAUAUAUACAUACAUACUGAAAUAUACAGAGACUACAUAAACGCCAUUGUUGGUCGCCACUGCGCAGUGCGCUGAUAGUUUGAGCUAGGGUGAUCAUGUCUCGCUGUUAGAGACUUGAAAUCCCGGGAAAUAUUUAAAAAGCAAUUAAACUUACAUCUUUUUAUUGAGAAUAUUAUUUGUAGUUUUCUUAUCAAUGCGAUAUUAGUAAAACUGUACAGAGAGUGAGUGGGGAGAGAAAAACAAUGCGAAAGGCAGUGCUAAAGAAAGUGCAAAGGAGAGUGGGGAAAAGAGAGAGGGGGAGAGAGAGAGAGA